UUUAAGAGCCACCAGACAAGCUGCAUCCACAGCACUGACGAGUCACCAAGCAACCAGCACAUUUUCGCUCCCAUCAAGACACAUUUUUUUAUUUAUCUUUUUUUAGACUUUCAUCCACUUUAAUCCGAGCUGCAGGCGAUUUGCGCGCAGUUGCACCGUUUGAAUGGCUGCGAUUUGACCUGCGGGCUGCACCGAUGAUCCGGGCAGGAGGUUCGUCCCGCCGGUGGAGAAGCUGAGAACCGGAGAUGUCCCCGUUAUUCAUGGACACCGGCUGUGAUCUCAACAGCCCCGGAUCCCUGUCAGCCGAGGAGUGCCACAGCAACACCGCCGGAUCGGAGGAGCGAGAGGCGGAGGGGCAGCAUGUGGGAGGCAGAGGGACGAAAAGACGAGAGAAGAACCGAGAUGCGGCGAGAAAGAGCCGCAAAAAACAAACCGAGAGAGCUGACGAGCUUCAUGAGGAACUCCAGGAGCUGGAGCGAUCCAACGCCGCUUUUAAAAAGGAGAUCGCCGCUUUGAGAAAAGAGCUCCACCUCUACCAGACCUCUCUGGAGCGUCACGAACCUCACUGCCGCCUCGGCGCCUCCUCCGCCGACUCUCGCCGCCCUCCAAAAGUCCCUCCCCAGGUUUCAAACCCCACUUUGGCUACUUCUCCUUCACUCUCUACCUCUUUAACCUCCAGUCUUCAAAACCUCCCACCGACUACAACAUUAGCCUCGUCAGUUGAACUCUUCACCUCCUCCUCUUCCUCUUCCUCCUCCUCCGGCAGCAGCCCAGUGACUGUUACUUACUCACCCUCCUUCCCGACACAUUCGGCUCCUCACUCAUUGUUUAGCGACGCCGCUCAAAUGACCUCGAGGCCGACGAGCAGCAGCCUUCUUUCAAACCCUCCCGCCCAAGUCCACAAAACCUCACCAGCUCCUUUCUCAGUGGACGCAUUUUUAAUGAAACAGACUCCUUUUCCUCCGCCUCCUUACACCCGUGUCGAGGCAGAAAACACAAACUGCGCCAUGAACUCGCCCCAACUUCAUCCAUACCCGUUCAAUCCGAGCAGGUUGAGUCCUCCUAAGUCUCUCUUGGCUUCACCUCAGGCCAGCUUGCAGCCGUCUCCGGCCCUUCCUUUUGCCCCGAAGCCCAGUUACAAUCAGCCAGUUUUACCCUCUCCUGCGUCCCUGCUGUCUCUCCUCACUGUCCCCAGUCCUCUCAACAUAUCUCAAACUACCUCCAGCAGCACCGACGGAUCUCUUUCACAACCGCCGUCGGAGGAUCUCGGCUUCGAUCUUAACGAGUUCCUGGAAAACAAUGACUGGAUCCUAAGUGGGACGAGUAGCACUACAGAAUAGGCUUUUAUUUAUAAGUUGUGAGCAGCUUGACUGAAUUCUGAAUUUUCAAACUUGCAAAUCAAAGGCACAAGUUUUGUUUUUUUUGAAGUAUUUAUAACAACAGCUUAAACACAAGUAGUCGGGCUUUUAUUCAGUUUUCUGCUUUCUAAAUGGGAUCUUUAGUGAGAUUUCUUGAUGUGAAAGUUGCAUCAGUUUAGUAGAUCCUCACCAUUUCUUUCAAUUCCUGACAUCCAGCUCGCAGCUUCUAAGUUAAAUCUCACAGGAUCCGAGGCUAAAACUCCAUAAAUGUGAACCGACUCUACGAUUAACUCCAGUGCCUUUUUUCCCCAGAAUGUUUAAAAAAAAAAAAAAAAACAGUCCCUUUCUUAAUCAAAACCGGAGACACUCGCAAAACUGACUCAACAGGCAAAACCUCUGAGUUGUGCUCUGAGAUGGGGUGGAGUACUCACUUCCUCGCAACUUCAUGGAAAUGCCAUCUGGAGAAAUUUCCAUCUGUGCCGUGGCGUAAAAAGACACGACAUGCUAGAGUUAAUGACAUCCUGGAAUUGCUGCAUCAACUUCAGGAAACUUUUCUUUCUUUCUUUUCUUCUUCUUCUUCUUUUUUUUUUAUAACCUCAUUUAAAAAUACACAAUCAAGCGCACACCCUCUCCUCACACAGUCUCACAUAUUCUGCUGCUGCUGAUCAUUUAUUUAUAGCUUCAACCCCACGAAAACUGAAAAAUUAUUCAGUUUACUAAUUUAGUUAUUGCAAUUAUGAUUACAGAGCGAGCCCUUCCUGGUCUUUUCAAUUCUCUCUGAUCCAAAAGUGUUGUGAUGUUGUUUUAUGUAUCACAGCGUCACUGUUUGAGACAACAGACCGACUCUAGACGUGUUAUAGUACAAACUAUAUGCAGCGGCUGUGUGUGUGCACGGAAUAAUAAAUGUAUGAUGUCGAGUGAGACCGAUGGAUCGGGGAGAAUGCAAAAAAAAAUAAAUAUUGCAAGGGAACUUUAAAAAUAAUCCCACCACGACAAGGCUCGGUAAAUUAUUUAUUUUCCUACAUUUUAGAUAAUAUAGUAAAACAAUCUCUUCAAAUUAUACAGUUACUUGUAGGCUAAAAAUGCUGGGUUUCGCUCGCAAAUGUGGGUCAGCGAGCAGAUCAAGCUUCCUCAGAGGCUCCGAACUGAAGAUGUGUUUGUUGUUUUGUGGGAAUUUGGUUCAUGCAAAGUGUUAAAUACAGUUAGCUUUAACGUAAACCAAAACGUCAAUAUGUGGAUUCAAGCAUUUUUUUGUUUUUAUUUUUUGCAUUAAAUAAGUUUCAUGAAUCUGCUCUCCAAAGUAACGCGGCUUUUUCAUGCUGCCUGGGAGGAAGCGAACAGCAGAACCCAGCAGGCCGAGGGGAUGAGGUUGUCAGGGGCAGCUUCAUUAAGGUUGAUGACGGUGACAGCUAGUGGCUCACUAACUUCCCUCACUCAUGGGAGUCUAAACCUAUAAUUAAAAAAAAAGGCCUAAUUAGCGAAUCCCUUAUUGUGCAUAUUUCCAGCAAGCUAAUUUUUUUUUCUUCCUUUUGGCUCCUGUAACUGACAAUAAGAGCACCAAGAGCUGCUUCAGUCUAUCAUAGGAACUUAAUAUUUUAUUUAAGCUAGGAAAUGCUACUGAGUUUAUGCAGCGUGAUUGUAUCGAAAUGAUGAUUUUGGUUUUUCAAAUGAUGAUUUAUGCAGAUGAUGAUGCUUUGUACGCAUAGGAUUAUAUAUAUAUAUAUAUAUAUGAGUUGUUUUAUUUAGUGUAAGGCCUUUCAGUUGUGUGUGACCAUUUGUAUUUAACAUGCAUUAGAUAAUAUAUUUAUGCAACAGGAAAAGUUAACUACAAAUAAAAACAUUUUGCAGUUGCGUUUUUGUUCCAGUUUGAAUUGUGUUCUAUUUAAGACCAAAUGAUGGAAUAAAAAAAUGUGAUUAUUUCAAUGGA